AACCCGGGCGGCUCUCUCUCUCUCUCUCGCGCGCGCGCUGCCUACUUCGUUUCUGCGCUUCCGCUGCUUAGAUUUUUCUCUCUUGCGGAGGGGCUUCGCAGUGGUUUUAAAACCACUCUUCUAGGGCUCUAGUCUCUCUGUCUCUCCCUCUUUCGCGAGUUUGGCGACGCCCAGGGCGACGUUAUGCCUGUUUCUUUUCCGCAAUACUUUAAUUGGUUUGAAAGCUAUAGCUGAGCGUACGUUUGAGCAAGGAUUGCGGUGCUGCGGUCAACGAAAGCAGCGUCUUUUUUGGUGGAUUUUGAUCGCUUUUUUGGUUCUUCUCUUUGUUUUCUGUUUGCUGGUUUUGUUGCCGUGCCUGCGUGGGAAUUGGGCUCUUUGGAUUGGUUGUUUUUAUUUUUAUAUAUAUUUUCAAGUCUUAUUGUGGUUAAAUUGGGGCUUUGAAUCGUAGUCAUUUUUGAAUCUCGUCGCUUGGCAUUGAUUGGCGGUGGAGAUCGGCUUUAGUUCUCGUUAUUUUGGUGCAAAAUUUGAUUUUUUUUUUCUUUUUUGGAGUAGCUGGCUGUACAUUUUUUUUCCCUUGUUUUUAUAUGUCAUAUGAUAUAUCGUUUGAUUAGGUGCAUUCUAUCUGGAGAGUCUUUAAUUAGGGACUAGCACGGUAAAAGAGGGAGCUUUCUAGGGUUUCGUCCAAUUUGCUGUUGGUAGUUGGUGCUUGGUGUCCCGACUGAAGGGAACAAGAAAAUUUUAGUGCUUGCUUAAAUUUUCCUUUUGCCGGACCUUUGUUUUGGAUUGUGUUGGGUCGCUUUGGCAGUAUGGAUUUACGGAGUAAAGAGAAAGAUGGAGUUGUGGAAACUGCUGCUGAAGUGAAGGAGAAGGGAUUUAGAUCGAAAUUUAAGGGGUUUGGGAGCUUUAGCAGUAAAGAUAUGUUCUUUAGGGCCGACAAGAUUGAUCUAAAGAGCUUGGAUAUUCAGCUGGAGAAUCAUCUGACUAAGGCAUGGAGCAAGGACAAGGAUGGUGCUCAGAGAUCCAAAGAAGACUGGGAGAUUGACCUCUCCCAGUUGGAAAUACGUUAUGUUGUAGCACAAGGCACUUAUGGUACUGUGUAUCGAGGCAAUUAUGAUUGCCGGGAUGUUGCAGUGAAGUUGUUGGACUGGGGAGAAGAUGGUGUUGCCACAAAUGCUGAAACUGCAGCUCUUAGGGCAUCAUUUCGACAGGAAGUUGCUGUUUGGCAUAAGCUUGAGCAUCCAAAUGUUACAAAGUUUAUAGGAGCAUCAAUGGGAACAGCAGACCUUAAGAUUCCACCAAAAAAUUCCACGAACAGUGUUCAGACUACCAUUCCAGCUCGAGCAUGUUGUGUAGUUGUGGAGUAUCUUCCUGGGGGAACGCUGAAGCAAUAUCUAAUUAAAAAUAGGCGAAAAAAACUCGCCUAUAAGAUUGUGAUUCAGCUUGCGUUGGAUCUAUCAAGAGGACUGAGCUAUCUACACUCGAGAAAGAUCGUGCAUCGUGAUGUCAAAACUGAAAAUAUGUUAUUGGAUGCCCAUCGAAAUCUUAAAAUCGCUGAUUUUGGUGUUGCUCGUGUUGAGGCUCAGAAUCCCAGGGAUAUGACCGGUGAAACGGGAACCCUAGGGUACAUGGCUCCAGAGGUCCUUGAUGGGAAGCCUUACAACAGAAAAUGUGACGUCUACAGCUUUGGCAUAUGUUUAUGGGAAAUCUACUGCUGUGACAUGCCUUACCCUAACCUCAGCUUUGCUGAAGUCUCCUCUGCUGUUGUUUGGCAGAAUUUACGACCAGAGAUUCCUCGAUGUUGCCCAAGUGCUUUGGCAAAUAUUAUGCGAAAAUGCUGCGAUGCUAAUCCAGAUAAGCGACCUGACAUGGAUGAAGUUGUGAGGCUUUUGGAGGCAGUGGACACAAGCAAAGGAGGUGGAAUGAUACCCGAAGACCAGGCUCGUGGAUGCUUCUGCUUCAUUCGAUCUCGUGGCCCAUGAUGUCCUUUUUCUUUUGUCAACUGCCUUCUUUGUUCGUGUAGGAUCUGAGGAGCUUCAGAUGUGAUGCCUUCAAGUUGCUGGCAUAAAGUUCAUGAUCUGAAAAGCUUCCUUUUGAGUCAGGUGGCAGAAAAUUGUUUAUUGCAACGAUUGUCGCUGCAGCCGUCCAUGGAUUUUGAAGUUAUUUGUAACUUUAAUAAGGUUAACACUGUUAUUUAUAAUAAACAUGGUUUUGUUUUCAUUGUAGUUUGUAAAGUUCAUCAUGUCCUUGACAAGCAAUUGGCAUGUCAUAGUGGUAUGAUUUAAACCCUACUUGUAAUGCCAUUCAUCAUCAGUAUACAUACGAUACCAAAAUUAUAGGGAGCUUGUGUGA